GCCUCUGCUCCGGCUGGACUGACGCGGAGGAGGCAACGAGAAGUCCGGUGCUGGGGGCUGGUUCCGGAGGCAGCAGUAGCUGCUGUGGAUGGGAGCGGACCGGCUCCGUGUGCCCAUGGAGCGCCACGGCUGGGCCGCCGCCACCUCCGCUUCGUCGACCCGGGAGCCGGCGCCCGAUGAGGCAGAUGGGCGGCGGCAGGAGCCGCCGCGGCGGCGGGCGAACAGCGUGUCGGCCCCCGGGGUCGGAGCCUCGGCCUUGACUGAGGAAGUAAGGCGGGACCGACCUGGCUCCUACAGCGGCGCUACCUCGGUCUCCCGCCAGCGCGUGGAAACACUCAGGAAGAAGCGGCCGCUUUUUCCAUGGUUUGGCUUGGAUAUUGGUGGAACCCUAGUCAAGCUGGUUUAUUUUGAACCCAAAGACAUCACUGCUGAGGAAGAAGAGGAAGAAGUGGAAAGUCUUAAAAGCAUUCGGAAGUAUCUGACCUCCAAUGUGGCUUACGGGUCCACGGGUAUUCGGGACGUGCACCUGGAACUGAAGGACCUGACUCUGUGUGGACGCAAAGGCAAUCUGCACUUUAUACGCUUUCCCACUCAUGACAUGCCUGCUUUUAUUCAAAUGGGCAGAGAUAAAAACUUCUCAAGUCUCCACACUGUCUUUUGUGCCACUGGAGGUGGAGCGUACAAAUUUGAGCAGGAUUUUCUCACAAUAGGUGAGCUUCAGCUUUGCAAACUUGAUGAACUAGAUUGCUUAAUAAAAGGAAUUUUAUACAUUGACUCGGUUGGAUUCAAUGGACGGUCACAGUGCUAUUACUUUGAAAACCCUGCUGAUUCUGAAAAUUGUCAGAAGUUACCGUUUGAUUUGAAAAAUCCAUACCCUCUUCUUCUGGUGAACAUUGGCUCUGGGGUUAGCAUCUUAGCGGUAUACUCCAAAGAUAAUUACAAGCGGGUCACCGGUACCAGUCUUGGAGGAGGAACAUUUUUUGGUCUCUGCUGUCUGCUUACUGGCUGUACCACUUUUGAAGAAGCUCUUGAAAUGGCAUCUCGUGGAGAUAGCACUAAAGUAGAUAAACUAGUGCGAGACAUUUAUGGAGGAGACUAUGAGAGGUUUGGACUGCCAGGCUGGGCUGUGGCUUCAAGCUUUGGAAACAUGAUGAGCAAGGAGAAACGAGAAGCUGCCAGUAAAGAGGACCUUGCUAGAGCAACUUUGAUCACCAUCACCAACAACAUUGGCUCGAUAGCAAGAAUGUGUGCCCUUAAUGAAAAUAUUAACCAGGUGGUAUUUGUUGGAAAUUUCUUGAGAGUUAAUACGAUCGCCAUGCGGCUUUUGGCAUAUGCUUUGGAUUAUUGGUCCAAGGGACAGUUGAAAGCACUUUUUUCGGAACACGAGGGUUAUUUUGGAGCUGUUGGAGCACUCCUUGAGCUGUUGAAGAUCCCCUGAUUGUUACCUGGGAAGGGGGGUUCCUGGAACCUUCCAUAUUGGGAUCUGUGAACUUCUGUUUUUUAAGAGCCUUACUUAAUUUUAUGAUUGUUUAUUACCUGAAUCAAAGCAAGAAAGGACAAGGGACUUUUUCUAAGUCAUCAAGAUAAAUCCUUAAUUCAGUCCAAACUAGUAACCAGUAAGGAAAGAUUUAUAUAUAUGUAAAGUGGACCAUGCUCAUGGAAGUGAGGAAUUGCUGUAUAAUACCUGCUGUAUAUUUUUGAAAUUCAGUGUCACUCACUGGAGGCACUUCAAGGGCAGAGCUCUUCUUUGUUCACCUGAUUGUGGUUUUGUAUGCCAUUGAACUGGGUAAAUGUAAGAGAAGUUACCAUGUGCUGUAAUCUAAUCACAGUUUUGUCAUUACUGUCUUGGAGACAUCACCUGUUCAUGAACUCUGUUGUGUAUUUAGCCUUUGUGUGAACAUACUGAAAAACGUGUAUUAUUUCAAGAUUCUGCGGACUUAAUUGGGCAGGUUAAUUCUGCAUCUGUAAUUUUGACAAUUAAGCAGCUUUCAGAAGGACAGUUCCAGUUUACUUCAUGCCAUAAAUCCUAGGCAGUUCUGUUUGGAAGGACAGGACUUGUGAGGGCGGAAUUAAAUUGGGUAUUGGGCUUACUAUUGACCUGAUGGAAGUGAAGUGAGUAAACUGGGACCAAAUGAAUAAUCUGGAAGGCUAAAACCAGACAAAAGGCUGCCUUUUUUUCUCCCAGGAAACUGGGGAGAAUCUGGUUUCACUUUCAGGCUAAUAGAAAUGAAGGAGUUGAGGUGUCCACUAACUCAUGGGGAGCAAGGUGGGUUCUUCCCGCCUUUCCCUCCCACUCCUGCUCUGGCACGUGCCAGCCCUCCAGGUGCAGUCGUGAUUUCUCUGGCUUGCUCAGAAGGCUGCUGCUUUGGGAGACAGGUUUUGAGGUUGAGUAUUGAUAAACUCUGGACCUUUUCUUUCUGCUGUGCAGAAUAAUUUUUAAAAACCUUCCCCUUGGAGAUGGGAUAUUUGUGUCUCAUUUUGUAUAUAAUUUGGUGCCUGUAUUGCCGUUGAAGGCAAUUAAGAGUCUAUUAAAGCAGCUUUUCCUUUUUUUUAACCCCCACCCUAGGACACGCUUACUGAUUUUAGGGGAGGGAGGGAGAGAGAAUCAUCAGUGUGAGAAACAUUGGUUGGUUGGCUCCUGCACCUACCUAGACUGGAGACCGGUAUAAACUCGAAACCGAGGCAUGUGUCCUGACGGAACCAAACCCCAUGACUUUUUGGUUUACUGGACAGUACUCCGACCAACCGAGCCACACUGCCAGGACUAAAGUAGAUUUUGAACCAGAAGGAAAGUCCAAGCUUCUGUGGUCUCCCUGCAUCCCAUUGUUACUGGCAUAGGAGUCCAGUGGGGAACUUCCAAGGGACAGAAGAGUGCAGGGGGCCGGGCUGGGAUCCUGGUGCCUCCCAUGUUGGCCGCGUGGGGGCAGCAGAGGCCCGUGGCUUGUUAGGGCAUGGCCAUUUCCCCUGCUGUUGGGCCCGAUAGUGCGAUAGUGCGUGGUCCCUGGUACCUGUGGGUUGUGGGUGCUGCUGUCCCGGUGCAAAUACUAGAGCUGGAGGGCCGUUG